AUGUCGGAGGAUCUCCAAAGACUCCUUAUCGAGCAAAAUUGUGUUAUCACGUCGAUAAGGAGAGUAUUGAUAAACUUCAAGAAGUUGUCAAAGAGUCAAAUCAUUCUUUCCAAAACAAAGAGUCGAUUACAGGCGUUGGAAACGCUAUGGGAAAAAUGCCACGCCAGCAUUCACCAGACGGCGACCGCCGAGGAAAAGAAGACGGCCCCGUACUUCCUUGAGGAGCAGUUUUACGCAGCCGAGGACGCCUAUCUGGAAGCAUCAGAUUACCUCAACGACACCAUCGGUAAACUCUCCAAGAGCGAGCCGUCCACCGCCGAAAAAGGUAGCGACCAUUCUUUUCGCGAUGCAUUCGCCGGAGCAUCAUUACAAUUGCCUCGUAUCACGCUUUCCAAAUUUUCGGGAAAUUUUGCUGAAUGGGAAAAUUUUCGCGGUAUUUUCGAGUCGCUCGUUGCGGUAAAUGAGUCAUUAUCGAAUACUCAAAAACUUCAUUAUUUGAAGGCGAGCGUUACGGGUGACGCCGCAUUGCUAAUCAACAGUAUUAAAGUUUCCGAUGCAAAUUACCAAGCCGCAUGGCAACUCCUCGCGGACGAAUACGAUAAUCAAAACGCGAUUAUUCAUUCGCAUAUCCAUGCUUUCGCCGAUCUGCCUAAAAUGAAGACAGAAAACGUUAUCGAGUUGAAACAACUUCGCGACAACGUAUCAGCUUCUCUAGCUGCUUUAACGAACUUAGAUCGUCCGGUUAUUUAUUGGGACGAUUUGCUUGUGUACUUGAUAGCGCAGAAAUUUAGUUCGAAAACACGUAAUGAGUGGAAUUUGAUACAAGGCAAUUCCGACGCGUACCCGACAUACAAGGAAAUCCACGAUUUUAUGACUCUGCGAAUUCGCGGUCUAGCGGACUACUCCGCGCAGUCCGAUCUUGCGGCAAAUAACCCGCGCGCUAACAAAGCCCGUUCGUCAGUCAAUAACGUGUCCGCCGAAAAAUGCGUCGGUUGCUCCGGCAAUCAUUAUUUGGCCAAAUGCGACGACUUUAAAGGUCAAUCGGUAGAACAACGAAUACAACUUGCUCGUCAGUACAAAUGUUGUCUCAAUUGUUUACGAAUCGGUCAUUUCUUAAAAAAUUGCCCGAGCAAAGGUCGAUGCAACCGUUGCCGUCGAAAUCAUCAUACACUCUUACAUAUCGAAUUCGACGAAGGUUCAAAGAAACAGAAUCCUUCUGCCAUCGCGUCGAUUACAGAGCCGUCAAACCCUGUCGCGUUACCCGUUCCAUCUACGCCGAGCACGGUUGCAUCGGCGUCUGUUCAAACAGUUCACUCCUCCCGAGAACUUACAAAACCGCCGCCACGAGUACUGCUCGCGACCGCAUGGAUUAAACUGACUACUCCGGAGGGUCGUGCCUUUAAGUUGCGCGCGUUAUUGGAUCAAGGCUCUACGUACAGCUUUAUUUCGGAGUCGCUUUGCCAAAUAAUGCGUACCAGGCGUUAUUGUGCUGGUUUGAAAAUACAUUGCUUCGGCGAGAAAUUUAGCGGCAUGGCUAAAUCUCGCGUGCAUCUCACUCUCGCGCCCUGUUCGGGACAAGGUCCGACGUUUCCUUUUACGGGUUAUGUCUAUCAGAAAAUAACGUCAUAUUCAGCCUCUCAAACCAGACCUACCGAAUUGUGGCCACAUUUGCAUGAUCUGAAAUUAGCGGAUCCUGAGCCGUCUAGCCGUCACCCGAUUCAUGUACUCAUCGGCGCGGACUUAUACGGUUCGUUAUUGUUGAAUGACGUUCGUCAAGGGCCUUUCGGCACUCCCACGGCUCAGCUCACAGUCUUGGGCUGGAUCGUCUCAGGCCCUACCGGAAACGCUAGCUCAGAUACGGAAUCCGCUUCGGUUCUUAACUGCGUAACAUGUGAAGAAACAAACUCGUUACUUCAGCGAUUUUGGGCUGACGAAAGUAUCCCUGCUCAAACUCCUCUUACUGAGGAAGACGAACGAUGUGAACGACACUUCGUCGAAACCCACUCGCGUAAUUCGCAGGGGCGCUACAUCGUGCGUCUACCGUUUAAGAACGGUCCCCCGGGUAAUAUUGGUGACACUCUUCAAAGGGCUAUGCUCUUAUACAAAAAAAUGGAAAGCAGAUUGCUGCAAAGGCCAACAAUCGCUAAUCAGUACCAUGAAUUUCUUGCGGAAUACGAGUCUAUGGGUCACAUAAAAUUAGCGAGCGCGUGCGAGGCAUCGCUAUUUCCCCCAGUCUACAUACCUCAUCAUUUCAUGCUGCGCGAGUCGAGCUCAACUACGAAACUUCGCGUAGUAUUUAACGCUUCCUGUAAAACAAGCGACGGAACUUCGCUUAACGAUCACCUGAUGGUCGGCCCCAAUCUUCAACAAGAUAUCGCGGCGAUCAUAUUACGUUGGAGACAAUUUUGCUACGUAUAUACUGCGGACAUUGCAAAAAUGUGCCGCCAAAUUUUGAUACAUCCGGAUGAUGCAAACUUUCAAAGAAUUUUUUGGCGUCCGCGAAACAGCCUACUGAUCCUACUUUACUGUCUACUCACGGUCACAUACGGCCAAGUGCCGUCUCCAUUUCUCGCGAAGCGUACUCUACGUCAAUUAGGACUGGACGAAGGCAAGGCCUUCCCAGCCGCUCUCCAGAUAUUAGAAGAACAAACUUACGUUGAUGAUGUCCUCUUCGGGGAGGACGAUAUCGCGACUCUCAAGGAAACCCGCGCACAGCUCAUCGCUUUAAUGAAGCGAGGAGGAUUUCCCCUCCAUAAAUGGUCAGCGAAACUUUUGCAAGACAUUCCCGUGGAUCAAUGCGAAUCCUCUGAUCGUAACCUCAAAGAGGACGAUACUCUCAAAGUAUUAGGUCUGUCUUGGUCGCCACACGAGAAUUCAUUCCGUUUUCUGGCAACUCAAUGCUCUCCAACGGUGCACACGAAACGCUCCAUAUUGUCAUUUAUCGCGAAGCUCUAUGAUCCCCUUGGAUGGGCAUCCCCCAUCGUCAUCUCUGCUAAAAUUCUAAUGCAGGAGCUCUGGUUACGAAAACUUGAAUGGGAUACUCCGAUUCCGGAAAAUCUAUUGACGCGUUGGACCGAUUACAGCACUGAUCUGUGUAAGAUUAACGACGUGCGCAUUCCUCGAUGGACCAGAAUGCAUCGAAACAUGACCGGAGUAGAACUUUACGGGUUUGCUGACGCUUCCUCCAGAGCUUAUGCUGCCGUCGUCUAUCUCAGAGUCCCGCAUAGUAAUUCGAACAUACAGAUCAGUCUUCUUGCGGCAAAGACGAAGGUCGCCCCGUUAAAGACAGUCAGUGUUCCUAGACUCGAACUCAACGCCGUCGUGCUGUUGAUUAGAUUAUUGGAAUGGGUCAGAACUUCUUUGAAAUUCGAAGGAGUCCCUCUGUUUGGAUGGACGGAUUCGAACAUUGUGUUAGCUUGGAUCCGUCAACAUCCAUCCAGAUGGAAUUCGUACGUUGCCAACCGCGUUUCGGAAAUACAAACUCGCCUUCCUUCCAUGAACUGGAAUCACGUUCGCUCAAAGGAUAACCCGGCUGAUUGCGCAUCUAGAGGCCUUUCAGCCACUAAAUUGGUUAGACAUGAGUUAUGGUGGUCCGGGCCGUUCUGGCUCCGUGAGCACUCCGACUCAUGGCCUAUUCCGGACGAACCUUUGCCCAUGCGAGAGAAUACGCUCAAAACGGUACUCGCGGAAGAGCGUAAAUCUGCUAUUCAUCAUGCCGACUCUUCUCCGGAAUGGGACCUACCUGACACUUGCUCCAUCUGGUUAGGUCCCAUGUACUUCGCUGUGUCGCGUGUGUUCGUCAGUCCGCGAACACCGCUACUCAGCUCAUGGGCGAUCUGCCCAAACAGCGAGUAA